CACACGGAGGGAGGAAGGCCAGGGAAGGAAGAAAGACUCGAGGGAAGUGGUCAGUUGCGCCGCAGCGUCGUGGGAAGGAGUGUGUCGCCGCUCCUGCCCCGCCGCGCUGACUGGAGCCUCCCUUGCCUCGCACUGCCUUUCAUCCUCCUUGCGUCUUCUCGUCUCUCGCUUACCCAAGGGAGAGAACAUUAUAAACUUUCCCUGGGACAUAAACACCAGUCUCUCACAAAUCCCUAGGAGAUACAAAGGAAAAGAAAUGACCGUACAGGGCAUAAUGUCUCCUCUCACCUGACUUUUGAUAUGUUUACUCACCUCGCGGCUUCUCCCCUCAGUGGCCGAGGCUACUGACCGAGAGAACACUACAGAAAAGGAUAGAGGGGAGUCCAUCCUGCUGGUUGAAAAGAUAUCGCUACGUUGACACUUGUGCGUAAGCCUGGACUCUGAAAAAAAAAAAAUCUGUCAGCUGAACGUGCCUAUAUCAGUCUGCCGCCUCAGCCACCGUGCCAGUGUUCGCGGAAACCGUCAAGCUGAACCUGUUCCAAUAUCUUGCUAUAGGCAGUCCCGGGCCAGCCAGCACCCACCCACCACACGAUCACCCGCCCACUGGUCCCGCCUCGCCCUGCCUUCUCUCACCCUCCCCCUCCCUCUCUCCUCAGCCAAGUAUCCAGCCAUCCAGACCCUUAUGAUAAUCGAACUGAGAAUUCGAUUUACUGCACUGGAAUGAUAUCAAGAGGAGGGAGAGGAACCGCCAGUGCACCACCUUCGCAUGAGUUAGCUUUGUUGGUCGUAGCGGAGCGAUGCGUCUGAGCUGGAGGCCGCAGAGGGGAAAAGAGGAACCAGUCUCGACCCAAAUGCCCUGCCCACUCUAGGAGGAAUCCCGCGCGAGGCUGUGUGUGUGUGUGUGUGGAGAUGGCGGCGUACUGCUUGAAGGUGGUCUGGGGCAUGUUGUCCCUGAUGGUGAUGACUUCCCUGUCCUUCGGAGACAGCAACGAAGACAUGACAGGACUGCUUCCCAGGUUCACCAAGGACGUGCCCAACAUCACAGUGACGGUGGGACGCGACGCCCUCCUGCCCUGUACCGUGGAGCAGCUAAGGGGCUUCAAGGUGGCGUGGGUGCAGGUAGACACGCAGACGAUCCUCACCAUCCAUAAGUUGGUCAUCACGAGAAACCCGAGGAUCGCACUGCUGCACAACGACCACCGCUCUUGGCACCUUGAGAUCAAGAACGUGCGGGAGAGUGACCGAGGCUGGUACAUGUGUCAAGUGAACACCGACCCGAUGAGGUCCAGGCAGGGCUACGUGGAUGUUGUGGUGCCUCCAGACAUCAUCGACAAGGAGUCCUCGGGUGACAUCACGGUACGGGAAGGGCAGGACGUCACACUCACUUGCCGCGCUAAAGGACACCCCGCGCCCAACAUUACCUGGCGGCGAGAGGACAACAGGGACAUUCUUCUCAACACUGCUCAGCGAAGUCGCGCGUCUGGGGCCCAAGGCAACAGCGAUGAAGACGAGGACGAGGACUACCCGGGCAAGGGCUUUGGCUCUGAUGGGUCAGCGAAGGUAGUGAAAGGCGAGACGCUGGUACUGAGGAAAGUGUCACGGCUGCAAAUGGGCUCCUACCUGUGUAUAGCCUCUAAUGGUAUCCCGCCAUCCAUCAGCAAGCGAGCCCACCUGAGUGUUCAGUUCCCGCCGAUGGCUUGGGUCCCGCAGCAGCUGGAGGGCGCAUACAUCGGACAGGAGUUGACCAUUGAGUGUCGCACGGAGGCCUUCCCAAAGAGCCUCAACUAUUGGACUGGCCCGAGCGGGGAUAUGAUUGUAGCGGGCCAUAGGUACGAGACGCUGCUGGCUAACACUUCUUAUAAGGUGUUCAUGAUGCUGAGGAUUCGCAGUGUGACAGUAGAGGACUUCGGGACGUACUGCUGCGUGGCCAAGAAUUCCCUGGGCAUGACGGACGGGAUCAUCAGAGUCUAUGAAAUCGACUCGCCUAAGCCCUACCACCCGGGCGAGGUGACGGCGGCCGGCGGGGAGACAAACGCUGAGGACUUUGAGGAGAGGGACGGCCACUCCCCAACGCCAUCCUACAAGCAAGAGAAGGAGAAGUACAAGUCUAGGCAGUCUGGCAAGGGCUUGAACGAGGUGACGGGCGAGCAGGACCCCGGGAAGUCUUACGGACGAGAGCCUGAGCACCGGGGACGCUCCACUCUCUACGAGUACACUCUGGAGGACCCCUUUGACCACCGAGGAGCUUCCGGGCGUGGAGGCGGCACGCGCCUGCGUCCCUCCAUGCUGCCCCUGCUGCUGCUGCUGCUGCUGUUGAUGAUGAUGACGACGACGGAGGUUGUCUGCGGCCACUCACACCUAUAGGAAGAAUCGAUCCUGAGGUGUAUCAAUGUGACGUAAAACAAAAUAAAUAUACUGUGGUGGUAGUGGUGUGGUGUUGUGUUGGUGAUGAGUUGUCGUUUUGGUUCAAACAAACCUGCAUGAUAAUUUAAACAGGUAAUGUUAAUUAAUCCUCUUAGAUGCUCAGUGUGAACUACUGAGCCAACGUCGACUUUUAAUCAACCCUGUAUCUCCUUAAUUACUAAGAUGAUGAUGGACAGAUGCUAAAGCUCUGAGCAUGGUAGGAAGAUCGCCUGGUCUGCCGUGACAAAGCUCACUACACAGAGCAACGCACUCGCUCAUCCUGUCGGCGAGUGUGGAGUGUUGCGACUUAUUUUCUUCAGCCGCUGAGACGAGGGAGGCAACGAGUCUGCCUUUCCAAACCUUCUCUAUCAUAUAUAUA